AUGGAACCCAAACUCAAGCUAGAUCCUCCACCCGUGGAACCGGCCGGCUACCGUGAAUGGAGGCGCUUCCUUACCACCAAUCUCAGAGCGGCCUGCGCCACGGGCAACGAUGAAGGAAAACCGUACUUUAUGUUCUGGGGAAAUACAGAGAAUAUGCUCUCAUUCUGGGAAGAUCAGGCUGCAGAGGUCCCCCUCGACGACCAGGUCAUUUUUGCUUGGGACAAAGACGAUGGAGUCUGGGUCCUCGAGGGCUCGCCGGAAAUAUUUAAUAACCUUCAACGUCUUCUAGCCAGAGACUUUCUGCUGUGGCAUGAGGCGCUGGAAAGAUGUGGUGCCAUUCAUUAUAGCCACUGGCGCAACUGUCCGUGGAGCAAGGCCGCCAUUGAGGCCUCACUCAAGACUGGCUUUGGACACCGACCUUUCUUUGAGAGAAUGUCCGUACUCCGAACUGCAUCGAACUUUGGAUUGGAAGAUGCAAAGAUCUGA